AUGCCGAAUCACUACUAUGAAGUUCCUCUUCCCUGUCGCUCUCGCCACUUUUGUGGCCUCACCGUAGCAAAGGAUUGCUCUGCCUUGGGCGCCAAAGGCGAGGCUGGGUCGGUCUUCGAGCCGCUUGAAAAUUUCUGCAAGUGUGGGCUUGGAAAUAUCAAGCCCACAACAAGUGCCGACCCCCAGCCAACGGAGACAACAUCUACCCGCGAUGCCGAACAGAAAGAGAUCCCAAGUUGUGGCGUAGAUUGUUUGAAUGCCGAAGCUUACAAUCAAUGUGAAUAUGGCGAUCCAGAGUGUGCCUGCAAGCCAGAGACCCUCAACCAGAUUGUUACAGGUUCGGUGGAUUGUGUUGCUAAGGCCUGCGAUUCCAAAGUGGAGGUAUUAAAGCUGCUCGAGAACUGGUGCAAAUGCAAUGUUGGAGACAGCCCUAGCACCUCGACCACCUCUGCAAGGCCAACCAAGUCUGCUACCACCUCUGAAGAGCCAACCAAGACUGCGACAACUGAGGAGCCAACAGAGACCGCAACUACUCCUCACACUUUUGCCACAACAAAACCGCCUGUGCUACCGGUGAUCACACAGACCCUGACUCUUACCACCACCUGGUAUCCCGAGGAGACAGAUGGCCCUGUCCCAACUGGAGAGACAUCAGAGGAGCCUGCUCCGACCAUACCUGGCCCAGAUACGCCAAUCUACCCAACUACCCCUGACUCUCCAGGCACCAUCUGCACCUACCCAUUGCGUGAUGAGCGUGAAAUGCACGAUCACACCGGUUACUUUCCGAAUUUGAAAAUUCAUGCAAGUUCAUCCGUCACAACUAUGGGGCCGAUCAAGUAUCCGAAGUAUAUGGUAUUUGUACCAGUUUCGGAUUUCAUACUGGAGACUGCACAUUUGGAACAUGGACUCUACAACCUCGGACAUGGGUUGUUUAGAGAUGAGGACGGAGUAUGGUUUGAUGAUGGGGAGAUUGAACGGGCUGAAGGCCUACAUGAGUCAGUCCGGCGUGGUGAAGAUGGGGAAAUGUAUCGCAAAAGGACAGAUGGUGUGUUUAACGGCUUAUAUGUCGGCUUGGAGAGAAGGGCGGCGAUGGUAAGGAAUGGCUUCAAUAGCGUCAUGUGCAUUGCACAUAAUGUAUUGAUCAGCUGA